AUGAAAUUCAAGACCAUCAUUGAACCCUUUCGAAUCAAGACCGUACAGCCGAUCCGACAAACAACCCGUGAAGAGAGAGAACGGUUACUCCAAAAGGCCCAUUACAAUGUCUUUCUUCUUAAAGCUGACGAUGUUCUCAUUGACUUGCUUACGGACAGCGGCACAGGGGCCAUGUCCGCACAACAAUGGUCUGGAAUGAUGCUGGGGGAUGAAUCCUACGCUGGAGCUUCGUCCUUUUACAAGUUUGAAGCCGCCGUCAAGAAGAUUACUGGAUUCGAGCAUGUCUUGCCCUGUCAUCAAGGCCGUGCCGCCGAACGGAUUUUGUUUGGGUGCAUGCUGAAACCCGGAGAUGUCGUGCCCAACAAUACGCAUUUCGACACCACGAGGGCUCAUGUCGAGUACCGAGGUGCCAAAGCCUUGGAUAUUCCUAUUCCAGAGGGGAGAGACCCGGCCCUGAUCCACCCUUUCAAAGGAAACAUGGAUCUUCAGGCAUUGGAGAAGAUUCUUCAAGGCAAGCAAGUGCCCUUGGUGGUGAUCACCGUCACGAACAAUAGCAACGGGGGACAACCCGUUUCGAUGGCCAACAUCCGACAAGCUAGCGAGAUUUGUCAUCGGUACAACGUCCCCUUGAUAUUGGAUUGUGCCCGCUUUGCUGAAAACGCAUGGUUCAUCAAGAUCCGCGAAGAUGGAUACGCCAACAAGACUCCGCUCGAGAUAGCUCAAGAAAUGUUCCAAUAUGCAGAUGGGGCCUGCAUGAGUGCUAAAAAAGAUGGCAUGGCUAACAUUGGCGGAUUUCUCGCCAUCAAGGACGACGACAAACUUGCAAAGCAAUGCAAGGAUGUGCUCAUUCUGACCGAAGGGUUCUCAACCUACGGUGGAUUGGCUGGGUAUGACCUCGAAGCCCUGGCAGUGGGCUUACAGGAAGUUCUCCACGAAGACUAUCUUGAGUAUCGAAUACGCUCGGUGGCCUAUCUCGGUGAAAAGCUGACCGAAUGCGGCAUCCCAAUUGUUCAACCUCCCGGUGGGCAUGCAAUUUACAUCGAUGCCAAAGCCAUGCUGCCCCACAUUCCAUCCAACCAAUUUCCAGCCUGGGCGUUGACACUGGCUCUCUACGUCGAAGGAGGGGUCCGUUCCGUGGAAUUAGGGGGCAUGAUGUUCGGCAAGAACGAUGCCAAUCCUGCUGAGCCCAACAGCGCCAUGGAAUUGGUUCGACUGGCCUUCCCUCGGCGCACAUACACGCAGAGUCACAUCGACUACGUCAGUGAGGUCCUGUACCAUGUCAACUCCAUAAAGGACACUAUUCGUGGGGUCAAAAUUGUUGAAGCUCCGGCUGUGCUCCCUCAUUUCUCGGCUAAAAUGGCCCCGGUUUGA